AUUUGAUUCUGAAGAGAUGAACAGCGAAUCUGUCAUGGCUGGGAUCGUAGUCGUUUUCGACUUCGACUUGACCAUUCUCGACUGUGAUAGCGACAACUGGGUCAUCGAUGAGCUAUCUGCAACUGAUUUGUUCAAUCAUCUUCGUCCCACCAUGCCUUGGAACUCUCUCAUGGAUAGGAUGAUGAUGGAGAUUCAUUCGCAAGGGAAAACCAUUGAAGACGUCGCUCAAGUUCUGAAGAAGGUUCCAAUGCAUCCGAGAAUAGUCCCCGCCAUUAAGGCAGCGCACGCUUUAGGGUGCGAUUUGAGGAUUGUGAGCGAUGCAAACGCGUUCUUCAUAGAGACAAUAUUGGAGCACCUGGGAAUAAAGCAGUGUUUCACAGAGAUUAACACAAACCCAGGUUUCGUUGACGGUGAAGGAAGGUUGAGAGUUUUGCCUUAUCACGACUUCACAAAAUCUCCUCACGGCUGUCCUCUCUGCCCUCCCAACAUGUGCAAGGGCAAAAUCAUAGAGAAGAUUCAAGAAAGGAUAAGGGAAGAGGGAAAGAAGAAGAGGAUGAUAUAUGUGGGAGAUGGGAGUGGGGAUUACUGCCCAAGCAUGAAGCUGAGGGAGUCAGACUUUGUGAUGCCAAGGAGGGACUUCCCAGUGUGGGACUUAAUAAGCAGAGAGCCAUCUCUCCUCAAAGCUCAGGUCCACGGAUGGAGCAAUGGCCAAGACCUUGAGACCAUUUUAUUUCGCCUGAUUCACCAAAUUACAUCUCAGGACCAAAGCUCCUUCUCCUCUGUUAUUCCGCCAUCUGAUGAUUGCAAGAAUAAUGUUCACGACCCUCUGCCUCCUCCUCCUCCUUCUCUCCCACUUCAACACACAAUCUGAUCAUCAUCUCAUGACUUGUGAUGAAGUUCUACACUUCACAUGUAAUAUCGUUAAUUGACAUAUGAAUGAUAAUUUAUGAGUGAAUCCAAAA